AGGAGUGCAAAGCUUCUAGCUGUAUUGAACACCGUUUUUCCUGCCUAACCAAACAAGCAAUAACGCACAACAACAUAGUACAACGCACAAUAACAUAGAACAACAUAGUAAUAAUGCAUUUCUUUUAAAAAUCCAGUAAAUCCUAGCAGAGCCCUCAUAACAAUCGAUCAGUCGGCGCUCCGGGCUUUUCCAUAAUGUAGCCUAAUGACGUCAGCACUUCUCUGCCUUUCUCAAUCGCUGGAUGGAGCUGUCUUUUUGUGCUAGUGCUGAGAGGCGCCUAGGCGCAGGAUCCGUCCCCACCAUCACAAACCUCUGUAUGUGUAGCGUGAUUUUGACGUUCAUCCUCUGAACCGUAACUGAGGAUUGAAAAAAUACUGAAAUAGCCUACUAACUGGACGUGGACGAUGAGAACCGUGGCUGAGAACUAACAGUGGGGUAGUCUACGGUGAUCUACUGCGUAAAUAUGUUACUCAAAACAUUACAUCACCGUCGACUGUUAUUGUAUGUUUUUCUGUUGUGUGGGGUGACUGAAGCUUUAACGCGGUCCUCGCAAUUGGGCCUGUCAGAUUUAAAAUCCCAAAUAUCAGGAGUGGAGGAGCUGCUGGAAGAAUUUCGCAAAAAGCUGCAACAGGAUCAGGCUUAUUCGAGGGACGAUGACGCAGGGGACGCGUGCCUUAGUGAUUUCACCGAGAUGGAGGAGCACAUCAUCCGGGCGAGGGACUCCAUCGAACAGGGCGCCACCUUCCUUUCUGCGCCGACCCGAGUGUACAGCUGGAAGGACUGCCUCCACGCCUGCUGCUUGGAGCCGCACUGCACCGUGGCGGUGAUGCAGGAGGACCUCAAGCAGUCGGACGAAAGCCUCGGCUGCUAUUUGUUCAACUGCACGUACAGGAAUAAAAACGUGUGCACAUUCUCAGCGCAGCAGGGGUUCAGCACGUAUAGCCGGGUUCAUAAUGUGACAGCGCAUCGGCCAGCAGCCGCCCCCAGCAAUAGUGCUUUGAUCAAGCAACUGAGCCCACGAAGGAGGCCUUUGGACGACCAGGCAGAAGAUGAAACAUCCGAACUUGACAUGGACGAGCCGCCUCGCACUGAUGCUGGCAAAGACGUGAUGGUCCAAUUACCCACCGACUGGGCUGUACUGGACGGGAGGGACAGUGUGGAUGACCACGGAGUCGCCCACUAUGAAUGGGCGCUGGUCAAGGGGAACCCCUCUGUAACAAUGAAGGUGACCCAUCCAGGUCUGCUGAAGAUCACUGACCUGCAGGUGGGAGUGUACGUGUUCCAGCUGACCACCACAGACACGGCGGGGCAGAGGAGCUCGGACAACGUCUCCGUCACCGUGAUGGCUCCCGAGCAUCAUGCUGAAGCAUGCGUCGGUUCGUGCUCCCACUACCAGUUCAUGUGCGACGACGGCUGCUGCAUCGACAUCAGCUACGCGUGCGACGGGAAACAGCAAUGUCCAGACCGCUCGGACGAAGACUUCUGCCAUAACUUUGAUGGAGGCAGGAAGACUGUCGGUCACGCUGACACGCCUCAGCAAGAUCAGCCGGAUGACCAGUCCGUGAUGCCAACCAGACCCAAGGCAGCCAUGGAGGAGGCUAGACCUUCAGUGGGUCAGAUUACCACCAGAAACAAGCCACCUCCUCCAGCUGCCCCUGAAAGCCACAAUCAACAGAAUGAACUUAUUCCAGAACAAUGUACACUGCCCCCUGUGGUUGGACCGUGCAGGGGCACAUUCCCACGUUGGUACUAUGACCCAAAUGCAGGGGAGUGCAAGCACUUCAUCUUUGGUGGCUGCAAAGGCAACCACAACAAUUUUCUGCAAGAUUCAGAUUGCAUCAAUGAAUGUAUACAAAGACCUGCUCCAGCCAAACCAGAGACCACGACAGCUCCUGCUCCUAGUCCACGUACAGAGAUGGUGGCCGUGUCUGAACUUAAACCGGAGAGUCUAUCUGUCUCAAAGCCUCACAGAGUUUUAGGAGGACACCCACCACCAGAGUCAGGGGCCAUUUUGCCACUGGUCCUGGGCAUCCUCAUCAGUGCCCUCCUGCUGCUCAUGGUGGGCUGUCGGCUGCGUCUCGUGCGACACAAGCUGAAGAAGGCCCGGCCGCUGACCACAGAGGAGUCGGAUUACCUCAUCAAUGGCAUGUACUUGUAGAAGCCCCAGCAGGACAAACAUCCCCAACAUGAGAAGAGAGAUGGAGAGAUAGAGAUGCAGUCUUUCUCUGAUCAAUUCCUAUUCUGUCCAUCUUCCUCCUGCCUCCCUAAUUGAAAUUGGGUACACACCCUGGCCGCUUUAUGUUUGAUACCGAGUUUUUUUUGUCGUUUCUUCAGUUUUAAGGGUCAAACUCAACCUUCUCUGCACAGAGAUUUAUCCUUAAACCUUGAAAAUGUGCUUUUGAGCUUCGAUUGUGUCUCAUUUCUUAUGGCUUUUGUGUGACUGUUAUUUAUCAUUUGCUUUUAAAAAAAAAAUCUAUAUAUUUCCCUUCACAUUUUCAUCUCUCUCUUUGGAUGGAAAUCUCCUAUUUGUGCCAUAAAACAAGUUAUUAUUCAGAGGACAUCCCUCCAUAUGCAACUACCUGUGACUUUGUUUUGUCCAGAAUAUUUUCACAAAUGGAAGACCAUAAGUUAAUGCAAGUCUGUAUCAUUAAUGACCUGUCUGGUCCAUGUCUGUGUGCUUCAGACAUGGCUAGUGUUUCUAGUAGUUACCUCAGAACAGUGAUGAUUAUCAUGAUUGAUAUUGAUUGACCGAUUGACUAUCAUGACUUCAGGAGAUGCUCUUCUUUACCUUUUGACUGUAGCUUUGUGUGAUUUCUAUCUCGUUAGAAUACCGCUUUGGCUGUUCUACAUCAAUUAGGUCAGUGUACAAACGGAAUGGCAUCUUCCAACACUGGACAUAAGAAAAUAUGUAUACAUUUCUGUGUCUUAUAAAUCUAUUAUAAAUACCUAUAUUGUAUAUGUGGGUGUGAGAUUUUGAGGGAUUGUGGAAAUAAACCAUAUGUGACAGGACACAAAAUGUAACACAAUGUGUUAUACAGUAUGACUCAAAUAUACCUUCAACAAUCCUUUGACUUGAUAUGAUAAACAUGA